UUUUCAUACUAUAGCCUAUAACAAAAAUGAGAAAUGUUACCUCUAAGCCUCUGUAUUGUUAAAGGUGCCCUGUGGAGUUUUCUUGUGCUACUCACUGAAUAUCCUUGUGUGUAUCCCUCCGGUCAAACAAGGUUCCUUCCUCAUAAAACAUUUACAAAGCCGAUUUUUUAAGUAUUUGAAAUCCUGUAUUGUUUGCAUCCAUGUUUGUUUGUGUUUGCUAGCAGCCUGCUAUUGCUGGCGCAUUGCUGCAUACUUGUUGAUAUCUUGGCGUCUUACUGCCACAGUGGAAUAGUGAGAAACCUUUGGCAGGAGUGUGUAUGGCAUCACCCGUGUGCAUGUGUUUCCUCGUUUGCGUGCAUGAGAGAAACAAAAUGGGGACCCACUCAUAGAAAAACAGCUCCAUAGCACUAAUAGAGGUCAAAAACUCCACAGGGAACAUUUUGUCAAGCUGAAUUCAAUUGCAAUUUGUAUGAAAUGUUGCAUAAUACAUCUAGAAUUUUUCCAUUUGAUGUUUUGGUGUAGCAAAACAAAUAUUGUAUUCAUUAUAUAUUUUACUUUAUUCAAGUCUGAUAUAGGUUCAGUGAAAUGUUGGAGUGAAACAAGGCUUUACAAAUGUUUUCUGAGGUAGGAAAUGCAUCCAUGCUGAGCAUGUAUUCUUGCAACAAAAAUCUGCUGCACUGCAUUCACACAGUUCAUACAUUCAUGUGUGCAAGCAGCUCAGUAAAACCACAUCUGUUGCAGAUGACUGAGCUGUAACUGUUGAGCUGUUAUCUUUUUAACAAACCUUGUUUCUGGCUCAUGUAAUGACCAACUUAUUUAGCUGAAUUUAGCAUGAAUUUCAUUUGUAUCCAAAAUGUCAGAUGAAGUGUUCAGUGCUAAAGUACUGAGCCUGGCAUUUAUUAGGCCUCUUGAGUUUUAUAAUACGUCCAGUUAAACAAACCCAAAUCCCUUGAUCCUUGUCUCACUUCUAAUGACAAACCAAUUGGCAGCAACUAUUGCAUUAUUUUUAUAGUGUUGUAUUGGUACGUCUACUUAAGUUAAGGAUCUGAAUACUUCUUCCACCACUGCAGAGCCUGCAGCACUCUCCAAUUAUGUGCCCAACUUACAACUUACCUGCCCUGAUAAUGAGGUUGGGGAUUGGCUCAGGCUUGGUUUGUGUUAUAAACCUUGUUUAAUUCUGUGUUUGGUGGUGGUGCUGUGUUACUGUGUGGGUGGGAUACAUUUCCUAUUUGAAUUUUUAUGUGCGUAGUAGCUUUCGCCUUUCAUACACAGGGUGGAAGGUGGAUUCAGUCAGUGUUGUUCAACAAGUCCCCCUCCACUCAAGUGUGAAAUGGAAACUUAGAGCCUCCAGACACUGAGAAUGGACAUCUUGUGAAUGGACCAUUUUGUGUAUGCCAGUUUUGCAACAGGUGAUAUUCUGGGUUAUCGCCGCAAUGCUGAUCCUCUCACUAUCUUGGAAUAUUUUUUGCUGUGUAUCAAAAUAUUGCUCAGGAAAAGGGAUAUGUCAAGCAAUGAUAACACGAAGACGGAGCCUGAGGCACAUGGAAGAAAAUCCUAUCUACGGAAAUAUAAGCUACAUGCAGACAAGUAAGUGUGUUGUACAUGUGUGUCUCUCUCCGUUAUCUGUGUCUGUUUACAGUGUGAUGCUGUUUUCCACAGGCAUGGCUUUGACCGAAGUUGAUCCUCCACACUCGUCACUCAGCUCUAUAUCUCUGAGAGUCAAUCAACAGAGAGUCAAUUCUGACUCACAGUCCAAAACUCAGGACUGCUACGCCAACCUAACUCUGAAGGCUCCCAGGGUGCAGUCUGGCCGCAGCUCUCCACAGAUACAUUACUCAGAUGUAGUUCAGUUAGAGGAGCUGCCGCCAGAGUUAGAGAAGGAAGAUGAAGGCAACACAGACGCUGUCUCCACCAUGUCUGAUCUGUAUGCUUCUGUGCAAACUCAACGCACAAAAACCGUCGACACUGCAGACAGUGGAGAUGGCUACGCCAACCAUCUCUGAGAGAAGCACGAUUGCUGAGGCUGAGAUGCCACAAAUGGCCUUUGUGCAACUUGACCUGCCACCACAGGAUGGCACUGUUUGUUGUUUGACAACCCUUCUGUGUAGCUAUGACAAAUCAUACCUCUCAUGCAAACUAACUGAAUUGUACUAGUUUUACUGUUCUAUGCAUUUCUUUGACUUGCCUUGUUCUGAUGUUGCUGAUGUUUCUGUAAGAGCAAAGCAUUUGAUUGUUAAUUUCCUGUAUUUUUAAAUUGUUGGUUCUAUACUAAAUCACACUGGGAUUAAUUAAUUGUGUGAUCUUUACUGAAAUGCAUUAUUAAAAGAUUCCCUCCAGACAUGUUUUAAGACAUAAAAAUACUCUGCUUUGAAUAAUA